UUCCCCUGGAAUGAAUUGAAUGAACGUGUUCGGCUAAUAAACUACUGAUUUGUAUUCAAACUGGUUUGUUCAAAGGCUACUGAAGGGAACUGUUUGGAGUGAAAAUGUCAGGAAUACCCCCAGACACAUGGCAGCCGCCAACAGUGGCUCUGGACACGACGAUGGGGACGGUUGUGGUGGAGCUUUACUGGAAACAUGCACCAAAGACCUGCAAGAACUUCGCAGAGCUGUCCAGAAGAGGCUACUACAACAACACAAAGUUUCACCGCAUUAUCAAAGAAUUCAUGGUGCAAGGAGGAGACCCUACAGGAACAGGUCGUGGUGGUGCGUCCAUAUUUGGCAAACAGUUUGAAGAUGAGCUGAACCCAGAACUGAAAUUCACAGGUGCAGGCAUACUGGCGAUGGCCAAUGCAGGACCGGACACAAAUGGAAGCCAGUUCUUCCUCACUCUAGGACCCACUCAGUGGUUAGAUGGAAAGCACAGCAUUUUUGGAAGAGUAUACCAGGGGAUGGGGGUGCUGAACCGGAUUGGGAUGGUAGAGACAAAUGGUCAAGAUCGGCCAGUCGAUGAUAUCAAAAUCAUCAGAACUAAUGUAGCCAGUUAAACAAAUACAGGUUUUUUUUGUACACUGAUUUUUUUUUAAAUAAAUGUUUAU